AUGCUCGAAGAGCAGGCACUCCACGCGAGCGGAUACCUUGAGGCGUGCGAUCUUUCCACCUCGCCGUCCUCUCCCUGCCUUCUACGCGCUGCUGCUGCUUGCAGCAUGGUUCUAUUCUCUUCUCCAGGCUUCUCAGAGUCCUCGCUCAUCAGAAUUCCACUAUAUCAUAAUCGGAUGCUCGAAGAGCAGGCACUCCACGCGAGCGGAUACCUUGAGGCGUGCGAUCUUUCCACCUCGCCGUCCUCUCCCUGCCUUCUACGCGCUGCUGCUGCUUGCAGCAUGGUUCUAUUCUCUUCUCCAGGCUUCUCAGAGUCCUCGCUCAUCAGAAUUCCACUAUAUCAUAAUCGGAUGCUCGAAGAGCAGGCACUCCACGCGAGCGGAUACCUUGAGGCGUGCGAUCUUUCCACCUCGCCGUCCUCUCCCUGCCUUCUACGCGCUGCUGCUGCUUGCAGCAUGGUUCUAUUCUCUUCUCCAGGCUUCUCAGAGUCCUCGCUCAUCAGAAUUCCACUAUAUCAUAAUCGGAUGCUCGAAGAGCAGGCACUCCACGCGAGCGGAUACCUUGAGGCGUGCGAUCUUUCCACCUCGCCGUCCUCUCCCUGCCUUCUACGCGCUGCUGCUGCUUGCAGCAUGGUUCUAUUCUCUUCUCCAGGCUUCUCAGAGUCCUCGCUCAUCAGAAUUCCACUAUAUCAUAAUCGGAUGCUCGAAGAGCAGGCACUCCACGCGAGCGGAUACCUUGAGGCGUGCGAUCUUUCCACCUCGCCGUCCUCUCCCUGCCUUCUACGCGCAGCUGCUGCUUGCAGCAUGGUGCUAUUCUCUUCUCCAGGCUUCUCAGAGUCCUCGCUCAUCAGAAUUCCACUAUAUCAUAAUCGGAUGCUCGAAGAGCAGGCACUCCACGCGAGCGGAUACCUUGAGGCGUGCGAUCUUUCCACCUCGCCGUCCUCUCCCUGCCUUCUACGCGCUGCUGCUGCUUGCAGCAUGGUUCUAUUCUCUUCUCCAGGCUUCUCAGAGUCCUCGCUCAUCAGAAUUCCACUAUAUCAUAAUCGGAUGCUCGAAGAGCAGGCACUCCACGCGAGCGGAUACCUUGAGGCGUGCGAUCUUUCCACCUCGCCGUCCUCUCCCUGCCUUCUACGCGCUGCUGCUGCUUGCAGCAUGGUUCUAUUCUCUUCUCCAGGCUUCUCAGAGUCCUCGCUCAUCAGAAUUCCACUAUAUCAUAAUCGGAUGCUCGAAGAGCAGGCACUCCACGCGAGCGGAUACCUUGAGGCGUGCGAUCUUUCCACCUCGCCGUCCUCUCCCUGCCUUCUACGCGCAGCUGCUGCUUGCAGCAUGGUGCUAUUCUCUUCUCCAGGCUUCUCAGAGUCCUCGCUCAUCAGAAUUCCACUAUAUCAUAAUCGGAUGCUCGAAGAGCAGGCACUCCACGCGAGCGGAUACCUUGAGGCGUGCGAUCUUUCCACCUCGCCGUCCUCUCCCUGCCUUCUACGCGCAGCUGCUGCUUGCAGCAUGGUGCUAUUCUCUUCUCCAGGCUUCUCAGAGUCCUCGCUCAUCAGAAUUCCACUAUAUCAUAAUCGGAUGCUCGAAGAGCAGGCACUCCACGCGAGCGGAUACCUUGAGGCGUGCGAUCUUUCCACCUCGCCGUCCUCUCCCUGCCUUCUACGCGCUGCUGCUGCUUGCAGCAUGGUUCUAUUCUCUUCUCCAGGCUUCUCAGAGUCCUCGCUCAUCAGAAUUCCACUAUAUCAUAAUCGGAUGCUCGAAGAGCAGGCACUCCACGCGAGCGGAUACCUUGAGGCGUGCGAUCUUUCCACCUCGCCGUCCUCUCCCUGCCUUCUACGCGCAGCUGCUGCUUGCAGCAUGGUGCUAUUCUCUUCUCCAGGCUUCUCAGAGUCCUCGCUCAUCAGAAUUCCACUAUAUCAUAAUCGGAUGCUCGAAGAGCAGGCACUCCACGCGAGCGGAUACCUUAUUCUCUUCUCCAGGCUUCUCAGAGUCCUCGCUCAUCAGAAUUCCACUAUAUCAUAA